CCGAUCUGCCCUUCCCACCUCCGCAUCCUCACACACCCCAGCGACCAGCACUGCCCGCACUGCACACGCUCGUCAAUCCACAGCGCUCCACUCUCACCCGCUCCAGCCGCGCUGCCCGCGCCGUGCCCGCCUGCCCGCCAUGAUCCUGCUCGAGUCGGAGAACGUCAUCAUCCGCGAGUUCCUCACCUCGCGCUUCGAGACCCCCGCUGCCGUGGACCAGACCUUUACCGACUUUGAUGGUGUCGCCUACCACCUCGAGAGCUCAAAGGCCGGCCCCCUGACGCUCAGCAUCGACAUCCGCUGCUGGCGCGAGCUCGAGGCGUGCGGCGCCUCGGACGUGCUGCGCCGCGAGUACGGCGCCUAUCUGCGUGCACAGCCCGAGCCCGAGUACUCCGUCACGCUCGAGCUCGACUAUGCUAGCGUGCCGCAGGACCCUGCCGAGCGCACGGCGCUCAUCCACUCGCUCUCGCUGCUGAAGCGGAAUCUGAUGGCCGCGCCCUUCGAGCGGGCCUUUGCUUUGCAGAAGCAGCUCGAGGCUGCCGCCAACCCGGACCCAGCGGCCGCAGCAGCUGCCGCAUCCAGCGUGCCGGCCGGCGCCACGGACAUCAUGUCGAUCAACUACCGCGACGACGAGGCCAUCUACAUUGUGCCUGGCAGCGACCGUGUCACCGUCGUCUUCAGCACGACGUUCAAGGAGGAGACGGACCGCAUCUUUGGCAAGGUAUUCCUGCAGGAAUUCGUCGACGCACGGCGCCAGCCGUCGAUCCAGAAUGCGCCGCAGGUGCUGUACAGCAACCGCGAGCCGCCGCUGGAGAUCCGCUCCAUCUCGGGGCUCAACCGCGGCGAGAGCGUGGGCUACGUGACGUUCGUCCUCUUCCCGCGGCAUUUCCAGACUCCCGAGGUGGCCUUCUCGACGAUUUCGCACAUUCAGCUCUUCCGGGACUACCUGCACUACCACAUCAAGUGCUCAAAGGCAUACAUGCACUCGCGCAUGCGCCACCGCGUCGCCGAGUUCCUCAAGAUUCUCAACCGCGCCAAGCCGGAGCAGGCCGAGAAGGAGCGGAAGACGGCCAGCGGCCGCUCGUUCCGCCGGGCAUAGCGGCUGGGCUGCUCAGGAACGUGAUGCGGAAUGAGAUGAACGUACUGCUCACAGCUGUGUGGACGAGGCAUGUCAGCCGUCAACGCCAGCUGGAGGCGAUUGGUGGCUCGCCGAGAGGUCACCCGUGUGUGCAGCGUAUACCCACUCGGCCAGCACCUGCUCUGACAGGCAUUGCCCAGGAGCUUCUUCCCUAAUCACGACUGUCACUGGCUCCGCCUGAGUGCACUAGGCUAGCGUCAGGGUGCCGCGCGGCGCUCCAGGUCUCACGUAGACGAGCCCACAGGUCAA